UCUUCAAUCCCAUACCUAAUUUCAUCCCCCUUUUCAUCACCAACACCACCCCCAACUUCAAUAUCUGUUGCAGAUUGAAAAUCAAACAACAUGGUCAAGAAAUCAACCAACAUUGAAAAUCCCCAAACCAAAGAAGAUCUGCAUACAUGGCCAUAUAGAUUUGAGUUGCGGCUUCGUGUUUUUGUUGGUGCCGACAAGCUCACGAUGAUCCCUCGUGUGAGAAACGUUGACAACAAGGCGUUUUCAUUUACUAUUGCACUGCGUAAUUAUUUGUCUGUAUCAGAUGUCAGUGAAGUAAGUGUUGAGGGCUUGGAGACACUUGACUAUUUUGACAAUUUGUUAAAAAGAGAAAGGUACACAGAGCAAGCAGAUGCCAUUACCUUUGACGGUGAGAUUGAUCGAGUGUACUUGAGCACACCUAAGAUUGCUGUAAUUGACCACGAGAGAAAGCGAACUAUUGUGCUACGUAAAGAAGGCAUGGUAGAUGCAGAGAUUGAAGUUGGGGUGUUGUCGGUGAUGAAUAGGGGAUGAAAUUAGGUUUGGGGAUUGAAGAUGAAGACGACAGGGGGAUAUAAAAGAGACAGAGAAAUAUUUUUUUAUUUUUUAAUUAUAAGGGUAUUUUAGUCAUUUAACAACACUUAACCAAAAAAUUCUAACAGAGUUAGAAAUUUUGACUCAAAUGGUUAAAGAAAAUGCUUAUGGGGACUCAGGUCGUUAAACUUUUUGCUUUUGGACUCAAGUAGUUAAACCACAUAAAACACAGGGACUCAAAAAGUAAUUUACCCAUCUUUUUAUAAUAUAGUUAGAUACUA